UCCUCUGCGUGGUUCGACUGGGACGAAUCGAAGUCAAAGUGAUGGCGCUCAUCCUCACUCUCGCCUCUCCCUUCCCCGUUAGCUUGGCUGCGCGUCGUCCCCGGCUGCCCUCUAAGAAGACAACACAUGAUAAGAAGCAGAGCCACACCUCCAUUGGCUUCGGUGGCGACAAAAAGCAUGAAUUAUGGCGUUGCGUCGAGGGUUGUGGGGCCUGCUGCAAGCUUCAGAAAGGCCCCUCUUUUGCCUCUCCUGAAGAAAUUUUUACACAUCCUUCUGAUCUUGAGCUGUAUAGAAGCUUGAUUGGUCCAGAUGGAUGGUGUGUCCAUUUUCAAAAGAGCACUCGAACUUGCUCCAUUUACGCUGAUCGUCCGUACUUCUGUCGUGUAGAGCCUGAUAUAUUCGAAUCUCUAUAUGGAAUACACCCAAAAAAAUUCAACAAGGAGGCCUGCAGUAGCUGCAGGGACACCAUCAAGGCAAUUUAUGGCUCCAAUUCCGAGGAACUGUGCAAUUUCAAUAACUCAACAAGGGGGAUCUUCUAGUUAGAUUCUGGGCUUUUGCAUUAUGAAUCUCAAAACUAAGACUAUCCUUAUUUAAGCAACUUAGGAGUUGAAAACAACUUGGAGGACCAGAGAUGGGAAAAUCAAAGUUAUGGUGGCAUUUCUCUUUGAGCUCCUGGAGAUGAACAAGUCAGAAAUAUUAUAUUGUCACGCAUACAUGAAAUUUUAUAUUGGUCUCUGUUCGCCCACGCGUGUUCACGGAGAGUUUUUGUAACAUUCACAUCAAUCUGUGAAGGCUAAUACCACAAUAUAGAAUUCUCCAUUAUGUAAAUUGAUAUAAGGGGAAAAAGUUCUAACUUAGCUGGAAGUUUUUCAUAUCAGUGAUCGAGUGCAUUGUUGCUGAGAAAGCUAUAUUUUGGUAUUGCUUUUGGUUCUAAACUCCAUAUGAAUGGAGCACUUUACAUGUUGAGGUACCGUUAAGCAAAGUCCAUAAAGCACUUGCAUGGGUGCUUGAAGUUGACCAAUCUGCGUUUGUGAAGAAUCUACUAGAUUAUGCUACGUUGUUGGGCAGUAGGCACCACCUAUCAACAUUUGUACAUUGCUUUCCAUUUUGAUAAUCUAUGCUCGUGGAAUAUAAAAGUUUCUGGUCAAAACAAAAACAUUUCUUCUCUUAUCCUAGUACAUGUAACUAGUUUACCAGGUGAAUCUACUGUACAAGAGCAUGACCAUCAGACGAUAGAGCCAUGGCCCAGCUCAGCCUCUAUGUCAUCUCCAUCCUCAAAUAGCUUUACAAACCGAGCCUGCUCCCGCUCCCUCUUCUUCUUUUGCCAGUACUUGUAUGCACCCACCAAUCCAAUUAUAAGCAAAGUUGAGACCAAAGAACUUAGCAAAACCAGAAUCGCUACUUCCAUUCCUUUUCCACUAUCAUGCACUUCAGGUGCUGGGCUAGACAC